UUGCGAGUAUCGCGGCCGAUGGCAAUCCGUGUGCGUCGUGCCCCCGCGACUGCUUUGAGCCGUGCUCGUGCGAGCGGCGCGACAGUAGCGCAGCGGCGGCGGCUGGCCUACGGCAGCCAGCAGCUCAGCUCCUCCACGAGCUGACUAAUCCGCCCCCGCGUUUUUUUUUCUUCUGCGAGAUCCGAUCCGUCUAUCGCUGCUGCUACGUUAGAGUAGUAGCUGGGCCAAGACGACGAACACGACGACGAUUGUGUGCGUGUGUGAAUAAUUGCACGACACGAGUAAAAAAUCUCUCGCUGCAGCGGCCAGUCGCAGGCGAGAUCGCGAGAGAGGCGUGCGAGCCUCUCCUUGAGAGAGCGAGAGCGACCAGCAAGACCAGUCGCUGCUCCGCGCGCAGUCUAUCAGUGUUUAUUGUUGUUGUGGUGGUGCAUGUGACACAUCCUGCGACGAUCGCCGACACAUUCGACCGCGACUACUGCUUGUGUGCGUUAUUGUGUUAUACUCGACGGUCGACUCGGCUCCUCGCGAGUCCUCGCGCUCUGUGCUCCUAUAUCUAUAUUGUGAGUGUGUGUGUGUGUGUGCUAUCGCGAGUGCGAGUGUCGAUGAAUACAUAAGUGAGCCUAAUAUACAAAAGUGUCCUGCGGAGUAAGCGCGUAAGCUCGUCCUCGGGAGCCGAGCGAGCGAACUUUGUACGAGUUUCUGCAAUCGCUCUGCCGCUUCGGCCCGCAGUCGCACGGGUCGGAUACACGCUUAUAAAUAUAUAUCAUACACACGCAGACAUAUACAUAUAUGUAAAUUUGCGUUUACAUACACGAUAUAUAUCUAUAUCGCGGCUUAGAAGACGGAGAAGAAUAGGAGCAGCAGAGCAAGAGCAGUAGGCAGACCGAUUAGUGCGCGUGUGCGCGCAAGGACUCGGCUCUCACCAUGGCAUCCGAGAGGAUGGAAUGGGUGGAGAUUAUCGAACCACGAACAAAAGAGCACAUGUACGCAAACCUGACAACGGGCGAAUGUGUUUGGGAUCCUCCCCCCGGAGUACCUGUUAAAAAAACUGAUAAUAAUCAGUGGUGGGAACUGUUCGACCAGAGUACAUCUCGUUUCUACUAUUACAAUGCAACAUCACAGAAGACCGUAUGGCAUCGGCCAACUGAUUGUGAUAUUAUUCCAUUAGCUAAACUACAGACACUGAAGCAAAAUACGGAGCCAGCUAGCGCUAGUGCCAGUGGAAUAGACAGUCUCAAAAGCUCCGAACCCAAGAAAAAAGAGACCGUUUCAACACAGACGCAAACCCCUACGGUUGGUCGUUCAGGACGAUUUAAUCAUCAUCAUCACCAUCACCGCGAAAAUCCUAGUCUUGUCCAUGCUUAUCCUUUGAGCAUGGGUGCCUGUAAGCCACACAGUCCCUUGGCGGAAGCGCAAACGUCACCGCCGUCUCCGUCGCCCUCUGCUCGGCGUUAUCACCAUCAUCAUCAUCACCAUCACCAAAAUAACAAUCGACACCAUCACACCGGCAGCAGUAGCAGGCACGUCGAGCAACAAACGAGUCAGCAACCGCCGCCACAUUUACAGCAGCCACAGAUACCGCCUCAACCGCCACCGCCGGCGAGGAGGCAUCACAAUCACUCGCAGGACUCGGGACGCUCCUCGGACAGCUCGGUCUCGCACAGUCGCACCUCCCUGGAAUCGGGCAGUUAUCGCCACGGCAGUGCAGGCGCUGGUGGCAACGUUGAUUCUCCCGCGCACAGGCACCAUCGAUCACCCAAUCAAGCCCCGCCGCCACCUGCUCCUAGGCAGCCUAAGGGCGGUACUCUCGAGUCCGCGAAAAGUCCGAAGUUCCUACCAGGUGAACAGCCGCCGUCACCCGCUGGAAUAUCCAUGUCCACGAGCACACCUUUAUUUAAGAAGAAAAAUUUUAUUGACCUACAAAAAGAUAAUAAUUGCCAAAGGAGGGACGUUAAUUUAGACUUCGAGAAAAGAGAAAAGAAUGGUGAAUAUGGAAGCAUCCGGAACUCCGAAUUUCGUGCAAUUUUAGAAGCUACGCUCAAAGGCCGUGCUCCGUACCCUCCACAACACAAAGAGUCCAGCACAUCUCCUUAUCGAGAGUCACCGAAUCCAGGAUUUCGACAAUCGCAGGAGGCAGGUUACAGAUCAUCAGAUAAGUUUCGUCCGAUGCACGAUGUCAGCGGAGGCGGUGGUAGCAGUAGAUAUCCUCGAGAUCGCGUUAAUAGUCUCGACAAAUCCAAUCCCGCAUUUUAUAGUUCAGGCCGUGCCAAGCAAUCCAGUGUCGAUAAUACUGGCAGCAUAGGCCGAAGACAGCCUAGCGAAGUAAAAAUGGGUGUCGAUGGCAAAAGUCCUGAUGGUAGAGGUUUGGCUGUGAGUAAUGUUGCCAAACAGAGGAGUUUCGAUGUAGUGUCUGAAAGAAAUGAUAGAGAUAAGGAAAUUAGAAGAGCAGUUACUUGCAAUAAUUCGAUAGAUACUCCACCACAACCGUUAGCUCGUAGUUAUAGUUUUGUCCAGCAACAAAAGUCGCAUCAGUUGCAGCAGCAGCCACAUCAACAAAAACAAGCUAAGUCACCACAGCAGCAGCUUCUGCAACAACAACUUCAACAAAAACUACAACAAAAGCAGCCCUCGUCGCGAAGACAGGAUCGAGACGACGACGGAAUGCACGAACGUUUUCUUUUACCGGAUCAAGGUCGUCAAAGAUUUAGUAGCGUAAGCAGUAGUGCCAGUAGCAAUGCUACAGACAGCAGUGGUAGUAAUAGUGCGGAUGCUGGCGAUGAAAAUGAUGAUCCACCGCCGCCUAUUGAAGAGCCAUCCAAGAAAAAGCGUAAUGGUGUCCAUCCUAGUCCACCUCCAUCUCCAUUUUAUGGCAACUUGAUGGUAGAUGCAGAUCACUUACUACCACUGCAGCAUUAUAUACUUCAGCAAGCUAAACUUUCUGGUUGCUAUAAAUUCGGCGAUCCACUCUUAGCAGAAGAGGGUGAUGAUUCUUUGGAUGAAGAAGGAGGCAGAGAUGACGAUCCUCAUGGAAGAGUGGACGAAGAUUCAGACGAUCAAUUUGCUGAUGAUGAAGCAGCUAGUAAUCAAGGAGAUUCAUCGAGUCAAGAGUACCUUGACGAUCAUUAUGCAGAUUUGGCAAAUUACGAUACCACCGGCAUCGCGACUUACUACAAUACAGCUGAUACGUUAACGAGACCACAUGCCACACCUCCACCACCACCGAACAUCGUAUCACAAGCCGAAGCUCGCGAAAGCGUGCUUUCGGCUGCCAUGCGCCCUCAUUCACUUCCAGCUGCACCAAGUGCCAGAGCAGCUGGAGGUUUCAGUCUCAGCGGUAUUGGUAGUAGUUGUAUCGAUGCUGGAGGUGAUUACGACGAAGGUCGCAGAGAUGACACUGCUGGCGGAGAUAUCGAAAAAUAUGCUCAAGAUAAUUUGAAUCUCAACUGUGGACGUCCAAAAGGUCUAAGGCUAUUAUUUAGAAAAAAAUGUAGCGUUCGAGACAUACUUAGUUGGAGUAAGGAUCCAAUACCUCAACCAAUGCUUGCAAUCGUAGAGGGAGAAAAACUACUGAAAAGGGAAGCUUGUAAUUUAUUUAGGCUCGUGCAAGUCUAUAUGGGUGAUCGCAAGGCUAAUGUAGGAAUGACAUUAGACGGUGUAGCCAUGGAAAUAGUGAAUAUGGUAUUUUCGAAAGCACCAUUGCGUGAUGAGCUCUACGUACAAAUCUGCCGGCAGACUACGGAGAAUCCGCGCAAGGAAAGUUUACGUCGAGGUUGGGAGCUCAUGGCUAUUUGUUUGGCUUUCGUAUCACCAAGUGCCACAUUUGAACCUUAUCUUGAAGGUUACAUGAAUAGACAUCGUGAUCCUAAUUUCCAAUUUCCUGAAGUUGCCAAGUGGCCUAUACAUGUACAAGUUAGUCAUUAUGCAACCGUUGCAUGCAAACGGUUGCAGAGGAUUGGUGCUCAUGGCAAGAGACAACCUAGAAAAGCAACUGUUGAGGAUAUCGAUCAAGCUAGGUUACAAAUAUUCCGAGCAUCGAUGUUCGGUGCCACACUUUCUGAAGUCAUGGCUCUACAACGAGAUCGUUUUCCGCAACGAGAACUACCAUGGAUUCAAACAACACUAACAAGACAAGUACUGAUAAGGGGUGGCACGAUGACCGAGGGAAUAUUCCGAGUAUCUGCAGAUGCCGAUGAAGUCAAUGUUCUCAAGUCGCGUCUUGACAAAUUUGAAGACGGUGCCAUACUUGCAGCUUCUCAAGAUGCUCAUGCUCCAGCUUCUUUGCUGAAACUUUGGGUACGAGAACUUUAUGAGCCUCUUAUACCUGAUUCAUUUUAUGCUGAAUGCGUGGCCAUGAAGCACGAUGACCCUGAAGCCUCAGCUAAAAACGUUGCUGCUCUUGUAGAGAGAUUACCGGAACUUAAUCGAAAGGUCCUAUGUCAUCUGAUUCACUUUUUACAAAUAUUUGCUCGGCCCGACGUUGUAUCGCGCACAAAAAUGGAUGCUAGUAACUUGGCAAUGGUAAUGGCACCAAAUAUACUUCGUUGUACAUCACAUGAUCCACGCGUUAUUUUGGAAAAUGCUAGAAGAGAAAUGGCGUUCGUACGUACAAUGAUCGAGACGCUUGAAACGGCUUGGGUCGAAGAUCUUCACUGACCUUUGGGUCAGCUUAAGGAGACGACGCUUUAGAUUAUGAUAAUAUGCAAAUACGCUGUGCAUUUAAAAUUUAUUAAUGCUUGCACCGAUAUCAUUCUAAAAUACCAUUACGGCGGAUUGGUUCACAUUAAACAUUUUCAUAGCAUCAUUGCUUAUAAGAUUCAAUGAAUGCUAUCGAUGAUUGUGUGUUCUGAAUAGUAAAUAAGAUGAUGCAUUAAAGCAAAGUAUUUACGACAAAAGCGAUUUGCUGUAUAAAUACGUUUGGCAUUUUAAACGUGGUUUUAUAACCGAUAUAAGACAGUAUUUGUUUUUAAUGAAAAUAUUGACGAAGCAAUCAUUGAAUUAAGAUAUGCAAAAUUCUUAAGCAAGUUUACUUUGAUUAAAUUUUAAUCGCCAUGUUAAAAAUGAUUCAUGCUUAUUAAUGCUGGUUUACCAAAAGUUCCUCAAUACGAUAUUCAUAUUCAUAUAUUUUAUUGAAAAUUAUAGUCAUACAUUUCAUUGGCAUUUAAUAAAAAUUGAACAGCGUUUCAGUCGUCUCCUUAAGCACUUUGAAGUAACGAAUUGCGUUCAAUUACUUGCAAGUUCGUUCUUCCGUCAGCUCCAAUGUGAGUUAGAUUAAUAGAAUUCGAGUCAUUCUCACUAUGUGUACGAUUAUAAAAAGUUCGUAUUAGGUGAAUAUAAUUUCGCAGCUUUGAAGGAAAAUUCACUUUCAAUCGAUAAAGUCGAAUGCGACAAUGAUUGUGUUUUUUCUUGAUCAGCAUCCUACAUUAAUUAUGAAAUUAAUUCUUUUAUUAUAAAGAUUAUACGCAACAUUUAUACUAGAGAUUAUUAGAUUUAUGAUAUUAUGUACAAUGCUAAAAUAUCGUAGCACCUUUGUUACGCCACGCGCAUGUGGAAGUGGUUUUUUUACUGAAAAAACAUUUGUUAAAUCGCAUGUAACGUACAAUGCCGGUAAUGAAAAAUAACGAACAAAUAUGUGUUAUAUUGUGAAAGGUGAAAGGUGACGAUCGCGGAAAAUUUUGUACAUUUAAAAAACUGAUGCAAUUUGUGAAUCUGUAUGUAUGUAUGUAAAGUAUGUAUAAUCAUACUAAUCAAGAUUAGUAAGCCAUACUAAUGUGUUUUUGUAUAAUUAUUUUCAUAUUACCUUAGAAAUAAUCGUCUUUCCUUGUCAUUUUUCCAAAGAAUGUAUUUUCUUUUUUAAGCGAUUUUUAAAAUAAACAGCCCUGGCAAUGACAAAUAAUAAAAAAAUUACUUAUUUUAUCAUUUCAAAGUCGAUCGGCGAAUAAGUCGUUCAAACGUUUGUAAAUAGAUGUGGAACAUUUGUGAGAACAAUACAAUAAGUGCAUCAAGCUUGGACGAUUUGAAUACUGCAAAGUACACAAAAAGUUGAUUUCUCAACGCUUUUACUGAAGACUUAUUCAUGUACUUGUUUAUAAAUUAAUAGCUGUUGUACAAAGAUAUCUCCCAAAACGUAUCUUAAUAAUUAAAAAUUCAACAAAAAAAACAAGAGUUAUUAUCGCUUUAACGCUACAUUUUAUAAUACUUGAUUUGUGUUAGAACAGAGUAUAUAAUAUUGAAAAUAAACUAACAAUUGAAGUGAUCAAAGUGUAACGAAGGACAUAAAAGUUCCAAAGAUGUUCUAUAUAUAUUAUGUUCAAGACAUUCAUUUGAUUAAUAAUAUCACAUACUUUAUUUUUGUAAUUUUAUGUAAGUACCAACAUAUUUAAACCGAGAACAAAUAGCCAUUUUUUGUUUUAUAAAUGUAUUAAAUACAAAUACUAAAAUAUGUAUAAUAUUUAUACUGAUGGGCUUGUAGAUUAAUAUUAAAAGUGACACGUAUUUAAAAAACUAAAUCUAUAUUGUCAGUUUGUGUGACUUCAAAAAUAUAAUAUUACAAAUGA